AUGGCAUCCAGCGAUUCCAACAGCGGUGUCCCACCUUCAGGUGACGGAGGCCAAGAGAAGCAGAAAAUGCUUCUCUCCUCCGAACAAGGUCAUUUCAGCCUCGUGAAGGCCCUGCAUCUUGCCGAUCUGGUCACUGAGAUGAAUGGUUUCUGUGGAGGCAAGCUCGUAUUUCCCAACAUGAUGUCGGUCUUCUCUUCCAUGCGCUACUGCCUCGGUGAGCCAACUGAAUAUGGUGCUAUCUGGGCUGCCCUAGCGUUCAUGCCUUUCGGUCUGUUCUUCGACUUUAUGGACGGAAAGAUUGCCCGUUGGCGCAAGAAGUCGUCUCUCAUGGGACAGGAGCUUGACUCCCUAGCGGACCUGAUCUCCUUCGGCCUCGCCCCUGCUGCCGCCGCUUUCGCCCUGGGUAUCCGCACCUCGCUUGAUCACGUCUUCCUCGCAUUCUUCGUUCUCUGCGGCCUUACUCGCCUGGCCCGAUUCAACGUGACUGUGGCCGUUCUACCGAAGGACAAGAGCGGCAAGUCCAAGUACUUUGAAGGCACUCCUAUCCCGACCACUCUCUCAAUCGCCUCCCUCAUGGCCUACUGGGUCUCCCAAAGCUGGACACACGAAAACAUCCCUCUUGGUCUUUUCGCCGAAGGCACGAUUUUCGAGUUCCAUCCCGUUGUGCUCAUGUUCGUCUUGCACGGAUGCUUGAUGGUCAGCAAGUCCAUACAUAUUCCCAAGCCAUAA